ACCUUCAAAUCUGCCUUGUUUGACGUUUAAUUUUUAUAACCACAAAAAAGUAUUUUCAUUUGAAUUUUCUACCCGCGUAGACAUGCAAUGUGCAUUAGAAUUGCAUUAAACUGCUUUGAUAAUAUAAAAUUGUGUAUAAAAGUUGUUGUGCCACGUGUACAGUGAACUUUUCAGUGAUAAAAAUCAAGUUAAACCAGUUUCGGCUCAGAGGUUUCUACUUCUAAAUCUGUUCCAAUGUCGCGCGACAGAACCUCCCGGCGGUUCUACCGCGCGGAGUCGACGCACGACCUGCUGUCGUACUUGGACAAGGGGCAGGCGGCGUGCGAGGAGAACCGAUGGACCUUUGAGACGGCCUGGGAGGCGGCUAACAAAGUUGGUGGCAUCUAUACCGUGAUACGAUCCAAGGCGUAUGUGUCGACAGAGGAAAUGGGAGAAAACUAUUGUUUACUUGGUCCAUACAAAGAGCACUGCGCGCGCACGGAAGUGGAGGAGGCGGACUUCCCUUCCAACUCGCCUCUCACCACAGCAGUCAACGCCAUGAGGAGUAAGGGCUACAAGUUACACACUGGCACGUGGCUGGUGGACGGCAACCCGCAGAUCAUCCUGUUCGACAUCGGCUCGGCGGCGUGGCAGAUGGACAGCUACAAGCAGGAGCUGUGGGACACCACUUCCGUCGGCAUCCCGCACCUCGACGUGGAGGCCAACGACGCCGUCAUCCUCGGCUUCAUGGUGGCGGACUUCAUCACUGAGUUCCGCAAGGCAGCUGAGAACUACAGCGACACGCCGCCGCGCGUGGUAGCACACUUCCACGAGUGGCAGGCGGGCAUCGGCCUCAUCGUGUUGAGAGUGCGUCACGUGGACGUGGCGACGGUGUUCACGACGCACGCGACGCUGCUGGGCCGGUACUUGUGCGCCGGCAACACCGACUUCUACAAUAACUUGGAUAAGUUUUCAGUGGACGAGGAGGCGGGCAAGAGACAAAUUUACCACCGCUACUGCAUGGAGCGCGCGGCCGCGCACAUGACGCAUAUCUUCACCACCGUCUCAGAUAUCACAGGUUACGAGGCGGAGCACCUCCUCAAGCGCAAGCCGGACUUCAUCACCCCCAACGGGCUGAACGUGAAGAAGUUCUCGGCGCUGCACGAGUUCCAGAACCUGCACGCGCUGGCCAAGGAGAAGAUCAACGAGUUCGCCAGGGGACACUUCUAUGGGCACUUCAACUUCGACUUGGACAAGACGCUGUACUUCUUCAUCGCGGGCCGGUACGAGUUCGGCAACAAGGGCGCGGACAUCUUCAUCGAGGCGUUAGCCCGGUUGAACCAUUACUUGAAGUCGUCCGGGUCGGAGAUGACGGUGUGCGCGUUCCUCAUCUUCCCCGCCAAGACCAACAACUUCAACGUGGAGAGUCUGCGCGGACACGCCGUCACCAAGGCGCUGCGGGACACCAUCCACGACAUACAGCAGAAGAUCGGCAAGCGGAUGUACGACAUAUGCUUGGGGGGCCACCUGCCGGACGCGUCGGACCUGCUGCACAAGGACGACACGGUGCGGCUCAAGCGCUGCAUCUACGCGCUGCAAAGGGAUGGCCUGCCGCCCGUCACCACGCACAAUAUUGUAGAUGAUUGGAGCGAUCCCGUGUUGAACUCCGUGCGUCGCUGUCAACUGUUCAACACGGUGAACGACAAAGUUAAAGUAAUAUUCCAUCCAGAAUUCCUGACGUCAACGAACCCGCUGUUCGGCCUGGACUACGAGGAGUUCGUCCGCGGCUGCCAUCUCGGCGUGUUCCCCUCCUACUACGAGCCGUGGGGCUACACGCCGGCGGAGUGCACCGUUAUGGGCAUACCCAGUAUUACUACUAAUCUUUCCGGUUUCGGUUGCUUCAUGCAGGAGCACAUCGCGGACCCGAUGUCGUACGGCAUCUACGUGGUGGACCGGCGCUACAUCUCGCUGGAGGGUUCCGUACAGCAGCUGGCGCAGUACAUGUACGACUUCACCAAGUUGACCCGUCGGCAGCGUAUCAUACAGAGGAACAGAACCGAGAGAUUGUCAGACCUCAUGGAUUGGAGAAACCUAGGCAUUUACUACCGGCAAGCGCGCGCGCAGGCGCUGAAGAUCGUGUACCCCGACUACGUGGACCACAUGGACCGCGAGCUGGGCAAGCGCUUCAACUACCCGCGCCCCAUCUCCGAGCCGCCCAGCCCCACGCAUUCUAGAGCAACGACCCCAGCGCCUUCUCUCCACGGCUCUGAGGACGAGGAUGAGGUCGACGAGGAAAAGGAACUCGCGGAGUUGAGGAUCACAGAUUAGUGGUAAAUAGGUACACUGUGUGUGGCGGACCAAAUGCCUAACUGUAUGGAAUUGGGAUAUUGGGAUACGUUGAUUUACUAUCGUUACAUAUAAAAUGUAGAUCAUUUUAUACUUUUUAAUUAACGGGCUCGAAUCCUGUUAUGUAUAUUAUUUAAUCUGAAAAAAAAAAAAUUUUUUGUUUUAAUUAUAUUUUUAUUGAAAAUGGUCAUGAAAUUCCUCUAGUGAUUGUUGUUAAAGGCAAAUUACAAAAUGACACCGGUGAGCCUUCGUCUGCGCGGUGCAGGGUUGUUUGUAUUCGGGAGUGGGAAGGCAAUGCAUGGUUACAGAAUGCGUCUACUACUCGCUCUGACGUCAUGCUCCCCUGUACACUGGCGUGCGCAAGGUUUUAACUAGGGUAGGUAUUAUUCUUCAAGUUCGUAAUGAAUACUCAGAGUAGGCAGUGUAUUUUAGAAACUAAAAACUGCACGCCACAAAGAACUUGUAGUUUUAUUCAAAUUCUAAAAUUUUCGUAUUUGGCUCUUCACACACGCGUGAAAAGUUAUUUUUUUUAAAUAUAAUAUAUUGUACGAGUUAAAUAUUCCACAUAGAGUUAUAGUGGGUGGGAUUCCAGGUCACAGGUUAUGUGAAAGUUGUGUAUUUAGCGGGCUCAGAUUAGCUGUAAUAUAGUUCGACGUUACAGUUAGUGUUGCCAUAGUUUGCGUCAAUUCCAAUUCCACCAAUAUUACAGCUAGAAUGAGCGCGCUAUAUUUAUUAUGUUAAUUAAUUUUAUUUUUUAGUAUAGGAUAUGUACGCGUUAUGAAAAUAUCAGAAACGGAGAAGUUUCUUAAAUUUUACUACUUAUAAAAGUACAGACAUUCAUGAAACAAAAGAUACUCGUAUAAUUCUCUCACCCGUUUAUUUAUGAUUAAAACAUUUCAGUUAAAUAGUAAUCGAGUCUUGACUUCGAGUUGAGCUGAGUCGAAGUUUGUUUGAAUGUGACUAUUGGAUAUGAGACUUGCCACCUCUAAACAGUAUACUGUAUAGCAUCGAUUCUCAAAGCGGCCCAGGUUGACCCCCAGGGGUCUACCUACGGAAGACUCGGUGGGGGUCGUUGACGUGACAUAAAAUGGGGUUUCACGAUUCUUAAGCUUCUUAAGGGGGUCCAUGAAGAUUAUCUGGUUUCAUACCGAAUGGGGAGUUUCUGAAAAAAAUAAUUGUGAAUUGAUUGCUUCCUUAUGCUGUGUGCCAAUUAAAGUUGGCUGAAAUAACUUUUUAAGGCAAGAAUUGGUCGGUUGAUAGUUAUGUGAGAUAUAAAUAGAUCACUCUGUACUUUUAUGAGAAAGACUCGAUAUGGGAAUUGAUAGAGAAAACAUUGAAGAGAGUUAGGGGGAGAAAGAAGAAAAAAGAGUCACGAAAAAGAAAUGAACUGUUGUUAGAACGGAAAUAAUUUUACUUAUUCUAUUUUUUACAUUGGUUUAAAUACUUUUACCAAUUAUUAUUAUUAUAAUAUAUAAUUUUUUGUAAAAUCGUGAAAAACUUUUGCUAUGUGUAGAUUAAUAUUUCUGAUAUUAUUUUUUUACAUUGAUUAAAUAUUUUAUUUCUUAUUUAACCUAAAAAACGUCAUGGAAUAAUAUUUGCGGUAUAACAAAUUGCGCACAAAGUUUUAUUAUUUGUAAUAAUUAAAUUUAACGAUUUUUUUGCUUGUAGUUAGCAAUAAACAUUGUUUUGCUUUUUAUAAAUAUACAGUGUGUUAUUUAUCAAUAUUAUUAUGUUAUUUAUAGAUUUUUCUGUAGGAUCCCGAUAUACACACUUAAAUAUUGUCAAUAUUAAUGUGUAUAUAGUUGCUAGAGUACGACUUUAGGCAAACUUACCUACUUUAUUGACAAUAUUAUGAGUAUGCGGGUGACCUUAUGUCCAAGCACUAGGCAAACUUACCUACUUUAUUGACAAUAUUAUCAGUAUGCGGGGGACUGUCCAAGCACUAGAAGGUCAGACAUAAAAAUAUAAUUAUAUGACCUAAUUCUGACACAUCUUUUUAUACAAUUUUACAAACUUUACACACUAGUGUCUAGUGUCAAUUUUGUAAAUUCUGUACCACAUUUUAAAUUUUUUUAAUCGAUUAAAAUGUUAGCCCAUUGCGGGAAACUCUUAUAAAAAAAAUAUUUUAAACCAAGUUCCUAGUUAUAAAAUACAUGAAAAAAAAAAACAAUGUGUGAAGUUGUAAAAAUAUAUUUUUUAUUAAUCAUACAUUUUAUUUACACAUUAAUUAUAAAAUAUAAAUAUUGUCUACCAGUCUUAAACGUAUAUUUUAAAACAAAAAAUGCUUCGAAAUGUCUAUAAUUUCGAUUGUUUUUUACUUCUUAUAUAUUUUUUAUUACAACAUGUUUUAGCAAUUUACAGGUAUUUCUAAUGUCUACUAAAUAAAUUAUUAUUGUUAAAAAUAACUUAAAUAUUUAUCUUAACAAAAUAAAUUAUACUAUGUACUAUUUUUUUAAAUAAUACUAAAAGUACGAAAUGAUACAGUCUAAAAUGUUUUUUACAAUCUAAAAAAGUUAUAGCAGAUAAAUAAAUAAAAAUAUAUUUUACAGAAACGGGUCUUUAUCUUGUUUUUGACACAUGUUAUGUAAGUAUUAUAUAUUUUGCUAUUUUACUUAUACAUACACACAAAUAAUCAGUUUUAAAUAGCAAAGUUUGUCCGUAUAUCAAAAAGCCUAACAGACUUCCUGUAUUAGGUUGAUUAGGGUAAGUUUUACAUUGUGACUUGAUCUUAGCAUAAUUUUCUGUGUUGAAAACAAAAUGUUAAACGAAAUAACGCCUGUUUCCCAAUAGGGUAGUUGACAGUUGUUGUUGUUGUUGUUGUUGUUGUUGUUAUUGUUGUUGUUGUAGUUGAACAAUAUUUAUUUCGUAUAGUACAUGGAAUAAGAGUACGGAAUAUUAUUUAGUAUUUUAUCAAUUUAGGAUUUCAUAGAAAUUUAAUAAUUAUGUAUUAUAUAAAUUUUACCAAACGUCAAAAACGCUGUCGUCCAUUUUGUGACAUCACAGUGGUAUUGAUGAAAUAAACGUCAAAUUUUUGACAAACAUUAAACCGUUUGGUUAAGAUUUAGUGUUUACGUGACGUCAUGAAACAAUAAAAUAUAGACCACCAUGGCCGACAGUGUUUUUGGCCUGUGUUGUCAAAAAUAUAUUGAAAAAUUAAAAUAUUUAUGUAAACGUCUCAAAAAAAUAUGAUAUUUGUUUGCAUCUAGUAGAACAAUGAAGAACAAUUCAAGAUCAUUUAAAAACAAAGUGUCAACUAGCCUAUUCAAGUCGAUAUAAAAUAUUGAAUAUUUUUGUAAGAAAUAAAUACAAUUCUUCUUAUCUGUUUAUUUUUAUCGUCAAUGGAAAUAUAAAUGUUUUUUUAUUUAGAAUUUUUAUUAAGUGUCUAUUUUAUCUGUAUAUUAUCUAGAUAAGUAAAUGAACAGGAAUUUUUGUACAACAGAAUGUCAUCAAUGGAAUUUUGAUUUUGGUUUGUCAAUGGUCUAAAUUUUAGACAAAUUAAAAUAUUAUAGAAACAACAUGGGUCUUCUAACAGGGUGUCCACUUUUUGAAAAGUGAAGGAAAAGUCAGUCAAGUCACAAAAACAUUGUGAGAAUAAAAUAUAAUAGGUAAUACUUUUUUUACUGCCUUUAUACAUACAUAUAAAAAUAUAUUCAAAUAGUAUGGCAUGAUUGUUAUUGAAUUCAUACUGAUGAACGUGUGGAGAGGUUUAAUUCGAUUUUAUUUGUGCCAUAAACAGAAUUUGUUAUUUAAUCGUCUAGUAAAUAAAAUGUGUUCAAUUUUAUAAA